UGUGCCAAAGCCAAAGGAACACAGCCCUCUCUCUCUCUCUCUCUCUCUCUCUCUGCCAAAGCCAAAGGAACACAGCCCCUGUUCAUUCUUAUACUUUUUCUCUCUCGGUCUCCCCUUUCCUCCUCUUUCUCCGUACAUUUUUAUUCGCCUACCUGCAGCUCUCUUUCUACACUGCUUAUUCUCUUUCUUUCUUCUUCUUCUUCUUUUUUUUUUUUUUUUUAAUUUGUUUUCUCUCUGCAAAAACAAGGCUACCUCUCAAGUUCCUGAUCCAUCAAGAUUCCCACAACAUAUGCAUUGGACUGCUGAUUCUGAUACUAUCUUGGGUGAUCAGUUUUGGGCAGAGGAUUGGUUUGAUCUAAUGUAGCUUUGAGACUUGUGUGUCAUAUGAUGGCGUCAAAAACUGUUCUAAAGGCUUCCACAACACAACAGAAAUCAUCUGGUGUUCAAAGAGUGGAAGCAAACACCCUUAGGCCUUUGCCUUCACAUGUUUCAAAAACAAGCAAAUCAGAGUUGAUCAAUAAUGAGCAGGUGCCAAGGGCAGUAGAAAACACACCGAAAGAAGUUAUGAUAGAAGCUUUUGAAAAUAAAAAGCUACCAAAUUCUGAUAACAAAGGGACCGCUGAUUCAUUGAGUAAUAAAUUGGAAACAAGUCUUUCUUUACCUACUCUUGAGCAAGAAUCUACUGAAGCAGAUUCUUCCAUUAAUGAUACAAGAGCCGCACAGGAUGUUUCUGUUGAUCAAGAGAAGAAAACAUCAGAAUUUGGAAGUAUUAAAAACAGUUCUGCAUCUGCCAAAUUUAGUGAUGGAACCAGCAGUCUUGCUAAGACUAGUGGAAGUGCCAAGAACAGUGAUCAUGUUGAUUAUGUGGAGAGUGGCAAGAGCAGCAUGUGUAGAGGAAGCACAAGCAGUGAUUUAAGUGAUGAGAGCACCUGUAGCAGCUUCAGUAGCAGUAUCAGUAAACCACAUAAAGCAAAUGACUUGAGAUGGGAAGCCAUCCAAGCUGUUAGAGCAAAAGAUGGAGCUUUGGGCUUGAGUCAUUUUAGACUGCUUAAGAGGUUGGGUUGUGGGGAUAUUGGGAGUGUCUACCUGUCAGAGUUGAGUGGAACGAAGUGUUAUUUUGCAAUGAAGGUUAUGGACAAAGGCUCUCUAGCCAGUCGUAAGAAGCUACUUCGGGCGCAGACAGAAAGAGAAAUACUGCAAUCUUUGGACCAUCCCUUCCUUCCAACACUGUAUACCCACUUCGAGACUGAUAAAUUCUCAUGUUUGGUAAUGGAGUUCUGUCCUGGAGGAGACUUGCACACUCUUAGGCAGAGGCAGCCAGGGAAGCAUUUUCAUGAGCAGGCAGUAAAAUUUUACGUAGCAGAGGUCUUGCUAAGUUUGGAAUACCUCCAUAUGCUGGGUAUUAUUUAUCGUGAUCUGAAGCCAGAAAAUGUCCUUGUGAGGGAAGAUGGGCAUAUAAUGCUGUCAGACUUUGACCUUUCCCUGCGGUGUGCUGUGAACCCAACUCUUGUCAAAACUUCAUCCCUUGAGUCUGAGCCAUUGCGAAAGUACCCAGUUUAUUGUGUUCAGCCUGCUUGUAUUGAACCUUCAUGCAUCCAGCCAUCUUGUGUAGCUCCUACAACAUGCUAUUCGCCCCGCCUUUUUUCGAUCAAGUCUAAGAAGGAUAGGAAACCCAAAAGUGAACUUGGAAACCAAGUCAGUCCAUUACCCGAGCUAAUAGCAGAGCCAACUGAUGCUAGAUCUAUGUCAUUUGUUGGGACCCAUGAGUAUUUGGCACCUGAAAUUAUUAAGGGUGAAGGUCAUGGAAGUGCUGUAGAUUGGUGGACUUUUGGGAUCUUUCUUUAUGAGCUCUUAUUUGGUAAAACUCCUUUUAAGGGAUCUGGGAAUCGGGCCACACUAUUCAAUGUUGUUGGCCUGCCUCUUCGAUUUCCAGAAUCACCAGUGGUAAGUUUUGCAGCAAGGGAUCUUGUAAGGGGUUUGCUUGUAAAAGAACCACAGCAUAGAUUGGCAUACAAGAGAGGGGCAACAGAAAUAAAGCAACACCCCUUCUUUGAAGGUGUGAACUGGGCAUUGAUACGCUGUGCUACCCCUCCUGAGAUUCCAAAGCCAGUUGAGGUUGAACAGAUACCUGUGCCACCAUCAACAAGUGAAAAAGCUGUUAUCACUGCAGCUAUUCCAGAUAAAAAAGGUUCCGAUAAUUAUCUGGAGUUUGAUUUCUUUUAGAUGUUAUUGCUUGCAAUUUGCAAAUUGUUUUCAUUUAUGGGGGAAGAAGUGUCUGAAUCUCUCAGGGGUGGUUAGCGAUGGGGACAAAGCUUUUCUUUCUUUUUCCCUCUGAUUUUAUGACUGACAGAUGAUAAGGAAAUGUAUGAUUGUUAUUGCCUGAUAA